AACAAUAACAAUGUUAUUGUUGUUCUGCGAGUAUUGCGCGUAUUUACCACCACCACCACCGCAGCCGAACGAAUAACAUUCAUCGCGUUAUUACGUAUUAUCGAGGGUCAUCGCUCUGAUGCGCUUCGUCACGGAUUCCGACGACCGAAACGUCGGUCCGUCGCUAUUAUUGUCCACCCACCGACGACGACCGCGGGGGCCUCGCCGUACGGGCUGAUAACGUCGGUGGCGGCGAACCUUAUCAACGGAACGCCAGCGAGCCACAGAACAAUAGUCGCCGUACAUUUCCAUAAUAAUAUCAUAACUAGCGGUUCGUAGCAACAAAUUAUCAUCGUUAUUACUUUAUCAUCAUCAUCAUCAUCGUCGUCGUUAUUAUUUUAAUUGGAAUACACCGUGCGAUACAGUGGAAUUAAUUAAUAAUUAUCGUUCGUCGGGAUUACACAACGCGCGCGCACACGUACGUCACACUCGCGGCGACGUCGACGACCAAUUGGAUCGACUUUCGUGGUUCGUUUGCGUAAACUUAUCGUACACCUUUUCGUCUCUUGCUGUUUUUAUUUUAUUUUUUACCAUAAUUCCCGCGUCGUUUGCAUACCGUUUUUUUGGUAUAUCGUAGAUUUGGUAGAGUAGCACGUCCGCUGCGAAGUCGUUUGCUCACGGACCGCGCAGCCGUUUGAUCUCCGUGUGUGAGCUGUCCACUUUGUGUUUGGCGCGCGUGUGUAUUGUUACGCCGCAGAACUGACCGGCAAAAGAUUCGUCACAACGGUCCGAGUAAUUUGUGGCCCGCCGAAAAUAAGUAGUCGAGGACUUAACAUACUAAGUGCUACUCAACACCAUUCCCAUUGGUGUCGACAGCAAAUAUCAUGACUGAACCCAUGCUGUCUUAAGCUGGUGAGCAAGUGCAGUAACCUAAAGCUUUGUAUUUAACACGCAGCAUCAGUAGCGUCUACGCACAUCCUCUACAAUUACGGUCAAUACUCCUAAUAUGAAGGUUUUAGUAUUAUAUGAUUUUGUGGGUGAACCCGGCUCAUCAGAAUUAUCAGUAACUGCUGGUGAGACAUUGGUGGUAACCCGACAAGAUGUUGGCGAGGGCUGGUGGGAAGGAACAAACACAUCUGGCCGCACAGGCUUGUUUCCAGCUGCAUAUGUUGAGGAAAUUAAAACUAAGGUGGAUGACAGAAAAAAUGAAAGCAAACCACCGCCAGCUUUACCACCUCCACCGUUACCACCAUCAACAGAUCCAUGGGAAGUUGAUGAUCAAAAUGAAUUUUAUUCACAAGUUCCUGGCAGUCAAAAUCAGCAACAGACAUAUCCACAUCAGCAGUCACCUGAUGAUUAUUAUGACGAUGAAUGGGACGACGAUUCUGAAUAUGGCGGUGGAAGUACUGUGACUUCAUCUGCUCCUAUACCACCAACUAUUCAGUAUCCACCUAUUGGAACAAAAACGACAUCAAUAAGGAAAACAGCAGGCAAGACAGCUGCAACAACUGGUGGCAGCAGUUCUCGGUUUUCCAAGUUGGUAGGUGGUGGUGAUGCAUCAUAUAUAAUGGGUGCCAUUCAGCCACCCAUCCACUUACCUGAUACAGAAAACAUUACAAUUGUUGUGCGUGGUGGUACUGGUGGUGGCCCCAUGGCAGUGGAUGUUGAAUGGUGCCGAGACCCAGAUAAUGAACCACACGGAUACCAGUGUGUGGUGGCAUCUCCAAAGAAGGAAACAAAACUCAAAGGCUUGAAAUCGUUUAUUGCAUACCAAAUAACUCCUACGUUUAAUAAUAUUCAAGUAUCCAGGAGGUACAAGCACUUUGAUUGGUUACAUGAACGGUUAUUGGAAAAGUACUGCUGUUUAGUGCCAAUACCGCCAUUACCAGAUAAACAAAUUUCAGGUCGAUACGAAGAACAAUUCAUUGAACGUCGUAAACAGCAAUUACAGGCAUUUGUAGAUGCAGUAUGCCGACAUCCUGUACUAUCACGGGGUUGGGUAUGGCGGCAACACUUUAUCACAUGUACUGAUGAGAAACGUUGGAAGUCAGGCAAGCGGAAGGCUGAGUCACGGAAUACGAGUGCCGAGACCCUCACUGGGGCUAAUGUAUUUUUUGUAAUUAGAGUAAUACCUGCAGAUGGUAGUAAUGACCCCCCUCCAUCUAUCAACCCGGCAAUAUUAGAUCGUGAAGUGGAAGGAUUUCAGAGAUUUGUGACUGGAUUAGAAGGAGCGCUGAAGAAUAUGGCACAAACGGUUGCAGAACAAUCAAAACGUAUGCAAACAUGUUAUAAACGCGAUGCUCAACGAUUAGGCCAGUCAUUUUACAUGUUGGGUCACGCGUAUAGUGGAGCAUCAUCUUCAUCAAUAGGAGAUACUAGUGGUAAUGGCAAUGUGAUAAGUCUUACUACCCGACAACUGAUGACGGCUCUGAAAAAAACUGGUGAUGUAUACAAUGAGAUGGGUGGCCGGCUGAUGGAUGAGUUACCUGCCGCAGGAUGGGACUCAUUUGCUGACAUGCUACACGUGUAUCGUGGUGUUGCAGGGGCAUUUCCUGAUAUAUUAGCCGUACACAAGAGUGCUGUGCAAAAACGGAAAGAAUGUGAAAGACAAUACUCUGAAGGUAUACCAAUAGGUGGUAGCGGUGGUGAUGGAGCUGGAGGAUCUAGUAGUGGAGCAUCGUUAUCCGGUUCUGGUAGUGGUGGAACCACAGCAGUGACUGACCCAGAACAACAGAGACGGCUACUGCGUGAGAUGCAACGUCGUACUGACGUGGUGUCAUAUGCUCUGUUAGCAGAGAUAAAUCAAUUUCAUCGAGACCAUGUACUCGGCCAAAUGGCUGGCCAUGUUCGUCAACUAUUGCGCAACCAGAUAGAAUAUUACAGAAAAAUUGCUGACAAUUUAGAAAAUGUUUUACACAUGUACCCUGAUAAUGGCGAUGAAGACUCUUUAGGAGUAGGAAUGGACCAUCAUUAUGACCAACAACAAUACAACCAAGGAAUAAUUGAUGAUAACUCAUCUUAUCAACACCAGUAUUAUUCAAAUCAGUAGUAGUUACAGUAACUUAAUGGAAUUGGUAAUAUAAAACAUGGUAAAUAACUAGAAUGCAAUUGUUUUUAAAACUGCUAAUACUCGCAUAUAACACAUACCUAUAAUAUAUUAGGUAUCACGAUUAAUUUUUUAACUAUUUGUAACCGUAGCCCACUAAUAUCACUGAAAUAAACUGUUCUUAUUCUUAUUACAAUAAUAUUUUUGGGGGAAUCCACGUUAUAACUCCUGCUACUACUUUUACCAUUAUUAUCCCUAAAUGAAGCAUUUUAGUUUAUUAAUUGUCUUAAUUAUACUUGAUUAUUUUUUUUUUUUUUUUUGUUCUAUAUUAUUGUGUUCAAUUUAUUACCAUGUAUUAGUUAUAUUAUUAUGCUUUUACCCAUUAUUAUUAUUGAUAUUACUAUUGGAUGGAUUAAUAUUCUUUUCAAUGUAUAAAAUAUUGUUUUUUAGUUUUUGUAAAAGUCACCAGAUUGACAUAUUCAAAUAUCAUAAAAAUGAUUCAACUACCAAAAACAUACUGCAUAUGUUGAUAAUUGUUGAUACUUGUUAAAAUUAUAGAAAUAUUAAAUAGUGAUAUUCUAUUCUCAAAUUAAGAAGACAACUUGACAGCAACUUUGCCAGGGGCAUGGCUUUACUACACAGCAGACAUACAGAUAGUUAACUCUAAUGGCAUUUUUUUCUGAUUUUUUGUGGCUCAAAUAUUUAAAUAAGAACUUAGUUACUAUCAAUUAUGAAGGAAAAGGCGAAUUUAAUAUUACUUUUUACGUUCAAUAUUUUAUAUAUGCUAAUACUUUUUUUAUAACAUGAAAAACUCUUUAUAAUUUUCAUUUUUAACAUAAACCUAUACUAAAAGGUUUUAGUAAAUUAAAAAUCUUAAUAUUAUACGUCAAACCAUCUUUGCUUAAUAGAUUCUGGGUUUAUCUAAUUAUGGUAUCACUAUUUAUUCAACUACAAUAAUACUUAUUGUACUUGACUACUAUAAAGAUGGUGCACAUUUAUGAUUUUGUAAUGCAUACAAUAAUAGCCACUAGUUAACUCGGCAGGAACAGUGGCGGCGUGAGAAAGGCUUUAUGAGACCUGGGUCUCAUGGCUGUUUGGGUAGGUGAAUGAUUGUCGGUAUAUUAUGUCGUGUUGAUAGUUGGUACACAAUAUUUACCUACAGUUAUAAUAUCAACAUUAUUAUAAAUGUAAUCUACUCGUAUACUAUUUAUAAUCAAACAUAUUAUUUAAUUAAGUAUGCUUAUCACUAUUUUUAAUACUUGAAAAUUGUAAACGACAAUUUUGGAGGUGGGUGGUUCCUAAAAUUGUUUUUGUCUCAUGAAUGAAAAAUGUUCACGCCAGACCACUACCCUACGAGAACUAGUUGCCUUGGGGUUAACUUUUUGAUUGUAAUGAAGUAUAAUCAAUUAUUUAAUUGAACACCUAAUAUUUUUUAAAAAUCUGAAAGAUCAUAGCUGAUUUAGAAUUAUCCUAAUAGUUUUAAUAGUUUUUAAUAUAUUAGUAAAAUUAUAUAUUUAUUUUAAAUCCUUUGUAAAACUCAGUUGACAGACGAAUUUUAAAAAAGAAAUUAAUUCUGAAGAUCUGAUAUUUUUACAAUAUUUUUUUUAUUAUAUUUGAAUAAUUAAGAUUUGUUAAAAUAUCCAAAUUUUCUUUAUAUGUACUGACCAAAAUAAUAUGUAAUUACUAGCACUAACAUUUUAAUGUAAAUAAUAUAUUUCCAUUGAUAACAGAUAACAUCUAAGAAGUGAUAAUUUUGACUUGAAACUUAAUAUUGUUGGGACCAUUUUUUUUUAUUAUUAUUAUAAGCUACCAUUGUAUGAAUUUUUCCAAUUUAAA